CAGACUCGUUGUUCCGAUUCCAUCCGGUUAAAAGAAAAUUAGAAUGAAAAUUGUUGGAAAAUGACUUUCCGAAGAGUGAAAAGGUUGAGCCGCAAGGAGGAUUACGGCAGCGCCGACUGCGCCGCAUCUUGUGUGGUUGAGAACGAGAUUUACAAAAGCUGCAGUGAAACUUACAAAACCGGCGCGGAAACUUAUAAAGCGUCCGAAUUGUACAAGACUCUCGCCUACUCGGGAGGCACACUGCCUCGCAGUCACAAGCAGAGGUCAUUAAUGAAAUGGAAGACGCUGACGGAUGCUCCUGAGCAUGAAAGGAGAAUUAUUACCUUAGAAAAGCAAGAUGAUGAAGCCUUUGGAUUUGAAAUUCAGACGUAUGGCUUGCAUCACCGAGACGAGAACACGCUGGAGAUGUGCACGUUUGUGUGUAGGGUCCGUGAGAACAGCCCAGCUCAGAUAGGAGGAUUGAGGCAAGGUGACACCAUUACCAGCAUCAAUAGGACAUCUGUUGAUGGUUUCCGCCAUCGAGAUAUUGUGGAUCUUAUCAAGUCAUCUGGGAAUUGCCUGAGGCUUGAAACUGUGUACGGAACCUCCAUCAGACGAGCAGAGUUGGAAACCAGACUGCAAUACCUGAAGCAAACACUGCAGGAGAAGUGGGAGGAGUACAGAUCCCUAAUGGCCCAGGAACAAAGACUGGUGCAUGGGGUCGUGUCAAAAGAUCCAAGUGUUUAUGACGUUUUCGAAUCGGUCAGAGCCAGCCUUUAUGGUCAAGGCCUCUACUCCAGUCCAGGGGCCCAAAGACAGAGCCACUCCAGUGGCAGUACCCACAGCAGCACCAGUACCAUGGAGUGCAAUGACGAGCCCAUUUAUCAGACUUGUGUCUUUGACCCCUUAGAGAUGAGCAGCGAAGACAGCCACAGCACUCACAGCAACGAGGUGGUCCUUGCCAAGAAACCACUGACACGGAGUGUGAGCGCCAGGGUUGGUCACAAUGGCUCCUCCACCUCCUGGGAGAAAUGCAACAACCAAGCUGCCUUUGGGACAUUUCCAAGGAAGCCCAGGAGGAAGAGCCUGCGGAAGAGACUGCUCAAGUAUAUCCCAGGACUCAACCGGUCUGUGGAGGAGGAGGAAAGCCAUUUGUAGGUGAAGUGCCUGAGCAUUUAUUUAUUAAAUUUUCUACUCUCAACGCUAAUUGUUGCCACCAGAAGUCUUACAGACUGGGUGCAAGAACUGGAGCUGCACAGGAUCAGUAAGUUCAACCGUGAGCUGGACAGUAUCUGUGCCAAAGGAUGUGACUGAGGGGAGGGUAAGAGACACGUUUAAUGGCUUUUGAACUUUGGGAUAAGUUGGAUAGACUGCAGUGGUCGUUUGUGCUUUCUCCACACUUUUCCUUUGGAAGCACAAGCUUUCAUUCUAACAUUUUGCAGUCCCUUCUACCUUCUGAGGCAGUGGAAGUAGUGAAGAGCUAUGGGGUUCUGUGGAAAGAAGAGAGGUUGGGAUCAAUGUUUGAGGGGUUGAUGGGUGUCCAUGCUGCUUCACCCUGUGAUUGCUCUCCCUCCUCUUGGGUAAGGCGGUAGCAGUGUCGCUCAAGUGCGGGAAAUGAGUGGCCUCGCGGCAUCCCAAAGAGCAGGACGGCGAAACGGACCCACGUUUUGGCCCCAAUCCCAACACUGCCACCAUUGCCACUGCCUUUGUCGCACAGAGAUCGGGCAUCCGAGCUCUCACUGAACACAAACUACCCAGUGAGUAGCCUGGGAGUCGGCCGUGACCUCACCUGAGCUCCAGCCCACAUACAAAGAAGUUCAUCUACCGAGCUUGGCUCUUGCCAUUUUAAACUGCUUGAUAUCCACGUUUUUUUUUAUUGUGUUGAAUUUUGAGGGUGGGUGUGACUCUGACCUUUAAGCUCUUUCCAUUACAGCGCCAUUGUUUGGUGAGCUGUGAACAGUCUGUCAUGAGGUUUCUGGCUGUUCUGACCUCGCUCUCAGUUCUGCUUGUGGUAAAGGAACUUGAUAUUCAGUGGUCACAGCACACCGGUUGCUUUUGUCCUCUCACGACUCCUAGGUCCCCUUUAUUAGGAGCAAAAUGGGGCCAUUUGGCCCGUUCUCCCACUGGCCAUUGCCAAGUGUAUCUCAGGAUGACUUCGCAGAGCUGCCAGCACGCUUUCAGUGGCGCAAAUCAGAAGUGGGUGAAGUUUGGGAGGGUGCUUGGUCAAAGAAGUAAGGAGGGAAUAACUGCUUCCAACUGGCUGCAGCUUUGGCUGCAUUUUUUUUGGUGGGGUGCGGCUGCAGGGAAGGAAAGGGUUCCACAAAGUCUCUGUGGGUGUCAAAUGGCACCCUCUGAGUUAUUCAACCAACUGGGGGGGGUUUGAAUGUCCGAAUUAGUGGCUUAAAGCCAGGCCCAAGUCCACAGACUUCUUUUCCCAGUCUGAGUCCAGUCUUUCCACACUGUGGCCUAAGAUGCCCAACUAGCUGUGGUGUACCCACUGCCAUUCCAAUGCGAUCAAACUUCAGCUGUGUCACGGUAAAACUGGACACAGCAAAUCCUCACAGCGCCACCCUUUUAACUUUAGCACAGCAGCCAGCACCAGCUAUAAGAUUGGCGUUUGAUUCCAUCUGCUCGUCUGCCUGCACUGUACAUUCUUGGGUCCCCCCCCCCCCCCCACAUUCCAAACACGUACGGGUUAGGGUUAGUGAGUUCUGGGCGUGCUAUGUUGGCGCUGGAAGAGUGGUGACAUUUGCGGUACGCCUAGCACAGUCCUCGCUGAUUUGAUGCAAAAUGAGACAUUUCACUAUGUUUUGGUGUCCAGGUGACAAAGCUAAUUUCUCCUGUCUCAGCUGCAUCAAGGGUAAAAAUCUACACAGCAAAGUCUCAUAGGCAACGCUCUUUGAUAUCACGUUUUGCUAGAAUAACACAGCUGUUUCCCAAAUUUCAUUUAUAAAUCUUUUCGCUUUUGGAGAUGGUAGUGCUGAUUUGUUUCUCUUCCCCCCCCCCCCCCCCCGUAGUAUUCAGUGGAGUGUAAGUCAGGGGUUGAGGUGUUAUAACAGUUUAACUGGAGAAUGACAGCAGAAAGGUAUGCCACUAAUAUUGACAGACCCUCUCCCCCAUCUCCCACUUCCAACCUAGAAUCAUAGGCCACCCAAAAGGCCAGUUUUCAUGUUUUCUUUAAGUGGUGAGAACUAUUCAUCUGUGGGAGCUCCACAGUCAAACCUUUGUCUGUGAUCUCUGACUUAUCAGAAAACUGUGGAUUUAAGGCAGAGUUCAAGUUUAUUGUUAUAGGCAUACAUGCCCAGGGUAUAUGUCAUUAAGUGUCAUUAAAAUCAGCUUUUUGCAGCAGCAGUGUACGUUAUAAGAGAAGGAUAAACAUAAAUUAAUAUUAUACCUGCAAAUGUGGAACAUAAACAACAUAAUAAACAUGAAGUUAGUGCAAAAUUGGAAGAGGGAAAGAAUAUAAUUCGUGACAGCCUAGACAUUCUGAAAGCACUGUCUGGUCGUCUUGUGUUGAGAAAUGUUAAACUAUGUCCUGUUUCAUGCUAGUAGGGAAAAAAUCCCAUUAAGCUAUUUCAGCACAAGGGAUUUCUCCUGGCUAAUGCUUUCCCUGCCUCAUUUUAUUAAAAAAAUAGAUUAUCUGAUCAUCUCUGGCUUGUGUGGGAGCUUGCUGUCUGCAAACUGGUGGCUGUGUUUACAGCAUUACAACAAUGGCAACACUCUUCAAUGCUCCACUGUCCCUUCAGGAUGUCACGUGAUUGUUGGGAGUUGUUUUUUUUUGAAAAUGCAAGGCCUUUGUUGACUUAGCUUGAUAGAAUGUCAGGGGUACACCUUGUGUGGAAAGGUUCAGUGAAGGACAAAACCACAUGAAAUUCCUGGGGUGAUUUUCCCAUUUGCCUAGCCCCCAGUGUAAUGAGGUCAGCCGUAGCACUCCAGGACUCUGCCACCCCUCAUGGUUAUUGUCAUGAAGAAAAUGCCUGCAGCCACUUGUAUCCCAAAGGUGACCAGAAAAAGAAUCCACUAGACUUUGCCUAUAAUUGAAUUCCACCCCUGCCCCCCAGCACAGCAUUAAUGCUUAAAAUUUGUCAUUCAAAUUUGUUGUUUUGGCUCACAUAAUAGAACUGAUCUGAUGGGAUUUCACAAGGGUCUUAGAACUGUUUCGUUGGUUUCAAUCAGCAGGUAGAAACAUAAUAAAUUCUUAAAUCCUAUGGGACCGGAUGGUUAAAAGGAAUAGCAAUUGAAGAGACUUGUUAAGUAGCCUUUUACUGCAGGUCCAAACUGAUUGCCUCACUGAAUACUGAUCUCUAAAUAGUUUCUUGGUAAUUCUACAACCGCAAAGGCUUGCAGACACUGGUUAUGUUGAAAAGCUAUAUGUUGUUGAUACAUGUGUGGAGGCUGUCAGGUUUUCAACCAGAAUCUUUCACAACUUGAGCACAGUUAAGACAGAGUAAGUAAGAUGGUUUGGGAGCGGGGGGUGGGGGGAUGUUAAGUGGGUGCCAACGUCAGAUGCAACAGUCUAAAAACAGCACGGGCUCGGCUGAAAGGAAAGGAAGCCAAGCAGCAACACCAAACAAUGCUUGGACUGAAGGGCAGUCACAUCCUGUUGAGUACAGCUAACCCGAGAAGCGAGUUCUGCUCCAUUAUGUUUAUACUCUGACCUUUUGAGAUGGUCUAAUAGAAGGUCACACAAGCAACUAAUCCCAACUUUUUUUUUGAAAGAAACUCAAAACCGAAGCUGGUGCCCUCUUACUGCAAGUGUUGGCACAAAAUUUCAGAGUGUUUCUCUGUUUAGGGACACCCAGAGUAACCUUAUAGACAAUGUCAGAAAGACCCAGGAGGUGAUCUUUAACUGUGGGACUAUGAGCAUAUCCAGACAUUGCAGGGCCAAAUCCCACCUCAGAGACUUGAGUACAAAUUCUAAAUUGCUCAUCCAGGAGAAUAGAGCUCUGUGUAGAUGAGUGGGUGGCAUUCUUUAAAAGGGCUACAGAGUUAUCCUGGCUGAUAUUCACUCUGUGGCCACUAUAUUAGGUACAGGAGUGGAACCCGGUGUGGUGUUCUGCUGCUGUAGCCCGUCCACUUCAAGGUGCGACGUGUUGCGCAUUCAGAGAUGCUCUUCUGCACUCCACUGUUGUAACACGUAGUUACCUGAGUUACUGUCACCUUCCUGUCAGCUAGGAUCAAUCUGGCUAUUCUCCUCUGAUCUCUCCCAAGAACAAGGCAUUUUCAGCCACAGAUUUGCCACUCAUUGGAUUUUUUUUUUGUUUUUUUGCGUCAUUCUCUGUAAACUCUAGAGACUUAUGUGUGAAAACCUCAGGAGAUCAGCAGUUUCUAAGAUACCCCAUCUGCCACCAAAUGGUCAAAGUCACUCAGAUCACAUUCCUUCCUCAUUCUGAUGUUUGGCCUGAACAGCAACUGAACCUCUUGACCAUGUCUGCACGUUUUUAUGCAUUGAGCUGCUGCCACAAGAUUGGCUGAAUGGACAUUUGCAUCAACAUGCAGGUGUACUUAAUAAAGAGGCCUCUGAGUGUAUGUCCCUCCAAGCAGUGUCAGUAAAACUAUUAUUUUUUUUGUCACACUGGCGUUUGUGGGAAUUUGCUGUGCAUAAAUUGCCAUUUGCAUUUCUUAAUUCCAACUGGUGAUGACAGUUCAAAAGCAGUUCAGUGGCUGGAAGUCACCUGGGAUAGCGCAAGGUUGUGAAAGGCGCAAAAUAAAUGCAAGGUCUCUGUAUUUGUGAAGAUGUAAUUCGUUAACUGUCUGGCCCUAGUAUUUGUGCCUGGCAAGUUGUUCAUUUGAGCCCAGUCCAAUCCCUUUCUGUGCUGGAGGGUCCAGAAUGCCCCUGCCUUCUAGGGAUGAUCAAACCGCAUCAAAGGCUCUUUCUCUUUUGCAUUGUUCCAGGGCUAUUUUGAAUAACAAAUGUUGUGCCCUCUGUUUAUUCAGUUUUCCUUCACAAUCACAGUUGAAAUUUCCAUGAGCAUCCUUGCUUUGCACAUUCUAAGUUAAAUUGUGCCUCUUUUGAAAAUGGGAGAAAAAGCUUUUUGCAAUGGGUUUGUUCCCAGUUCCCUCUCCCACUUGUUUUGCUCAACCUUCUGAGCCUAGAUAAGCUAACUUAUGAGCAUUACCUCUUCUCCUGUGGGGUGGGUCUGAAUAAGGAUCUCCCCAUGGUUUUAUCAGACCCUAAGAUAUAGGAGCAGAAUUAGGCCAUUUGGCCCAUUGAGUCUCUGCCAUUUCAUCAUGGCUGAUCCAUUUUCCCUGUCAGCCCCAAUCUCCUGCCUCCCCUCUGCCCUUUAUCCCUUCAUGCCCUGACCAAUCAAGAAUCUUAUGAUGCCAUUUUGUGUUUCUUGGAGAUCAUUAUAUGGAACAGAAGCAAGUUAUUGACCACAAAUGGAUCGUUGUGAUGCUUUGGUCCCACACAGAAGCCUCCUCCUAUUCCAUCUUGUGUCAGCAUAUCCUUCAUUCCUUUCUCCUUCUCUCCACAAGUAUUCACCUCAACCACUCCCAAGUUCCACAUAAAGUUCUCCUGAACUUCUCAGUGAACCAUCAGUGACUGUUAUAAUGCUCACCCUCAUAAGCAGAAACAAUCUCUCGACUGCGAUAUUAUAUAUAGGACAUGGAAUUUAAAACAAUGUCAUGCUGACCUUUUAACCCUAAUCCUUCCCUCCAACAACCUCCAUAUGCCCCUAAGAGUCUCUUAAAUGUCCCUAAUGUAUCUGUCUCCACCACCAUCCCUGACAGGCGUUCCAUGCACCUGCCACUGUGGGGGGGGGGGGGGGGGAGAGAGAGCCUACUUUCAAUGUGUCCCCUCCCCCUAUACUUUCCUCAGUAAUCUGAAAAUUAUGCCCCCUCAUUAGCCAUUUCAGACCUGGGGGAUAAAAUCUUUGACUGUCCAAUCAAUCUAUUCCUCUUAUCAUCUUGUACAUGUCUAUCAAACCACUGCUCAUCCUCCUUCGCUCCACAGAGAAAAGCCCCAGGUCACUCAACCUAUGAAAUGUUUGUUGAAUUAAAAGCAAGGAGGGAACCUAAUUACAAGAUUAAAGCUUUCUGCUUGCAUUAUUAAAGCAUGUGUGAUAUUAGGCUUUGGUUAAAAUUGGGUGUCUUUGUGAUGAGAUGGUACAUGGUAUGGUUUGUUGAAUACCCAGCUAGGGUUGACAAUAUGUGAUCAGUUUUCUCUUGAAGGAGAGUGCUUGUUUUAAUUGAACUGCCACCACACCCUACCAACUGUACCUAUUUUAGCAGCCCUUUUCAGAUUGUGCAAAGAAGAAAUUUAAAGAAGAAGCUGGUCUCAAUUCAGUAUUAUGACAGCAGUUGACCAAUUUCUUUUAGGUAAGGGUCAUGGGGCCAAGGUGGUUAAAUAGAGUUGAGAUAAAAAUCAGCCAUGAUUUCUAACUAAUGGAAGAAUGGGUCUGAGAGCCUGAGCAACAUCUUGUUUCUGAGGCUCAGUUUCAUAGUAAACAAGCAACAUCUACACUGUGGAGGGUGGGGUGGAAUUUGAACAUUGAAAUCUCCAUUUUAGUAAAAUAAAGUGUGUUACUUAAAAUUGUAAAUCUUGUGUCAAGGGAAGGAAGCUUUCAGUUAAGUCAUAUUCAAAUGUUCAGUUUAGACAUGCUGUAGCAGUGGGGUCUAAAGUCAACAUUGGGCCCUGUUUUAUGGAUAGUAAUGACCAAUUUAGUUAUGGCACACCAAUUAGGGGGCAUACUAAAUUGGUUGAAGUCUUUUUGGCUGCUACUGGAGGUAGCAUGAAAAGAACCUCACUUGUUUAAUCAGUAAUCUGUAGAGAAAUCACUCAGGUCAAUCAGAGGAAAAAAAUCCUAAAUCUCCAGCUCACUGCCUUUUGAGGAUGAUUCUUCUGGCUUCAAGGCCCAAUGAAGGUACCCUCAACUUGCAUUUCCCCUCCAUCGCUGUCUUCCUAGUCCCUCAAUUCAUAAUCCUCAUAGCACGGACAAAAGCCCCGGCUGGCAAAAUACAUCAGGGCACUGAAUCGGCCCUUGUGGCUUUCCUGAUUUAUUCUGAUGAGGUAUGAGGCGCCCUCCUCCCUGGCACGCAACCGCCACCAAGUAGGAUCUUGCCUGAUUGGCCAUGUUAUUGAAUUUAUACCCCAGUGUCUUCAGUAUGUUUCAUGUUGGACUGAUGUUUUGUCUGUGAAUAUGAUGUAAUUGUUAAACUUUCAUUAUCAGACUCUUGUGUCUUCAGCCUUUACAUCAAAAAAAUAAUUUAAUAGCUAAAGACUUGUACAAUAAUUGUGACAUAAUUUCCAAGUUUUACUUAAUAACAUCUGUUCCAAUCUAUUCAAAUCAUAAUGUCACUAUUAUUUUCAUGCAAAUAAUUCUGUAAUAUUUUGUAAAUAUAUUUUUCCAUUAUUUGUUUAAUGUUCUUAAUAUUUAUUUUAAUAAUGUAUUUUACUUAAGGUUUAUGGUGUGAUAAGUUGUACAAGAAACGUUUUCAUUUAAAAGCAGCGACAGAACUUAAGUUUGUGAAACUCUCUGUAAAAUACAAGAUUUGACAAUAAAAGUUU